AUAUUCUGUAAAAUGCGAGCAAAUCGCAGAGCUUUUCUCCCCACCAGUCUCUCUUUCUUUCAUCUUCUUCUUCCUCAUUCACUCACUUUCUAGGGUUUCCGCUUCUCAUCCAGGUUUUUUGAGGGCUUGAUUGUGAAGAGUUGGUGUUGAUUUUCGUUAAAUAUGAGUGUGGUGGGGAUUGAUAUCGGAAAUGAGAACUGUGUGAUUGCGGUGGUGAAGCAACGAGGGAUUGAUGUGUUGUUGAAUGAGGAAUCUAAGCGAGAAACUCCGGCAGUGGUGUGUUUCGGCGAGAAGCAGAGGUUUCUAGGCUCUGCUGCCUCUGCCUCUGCAAUGAUGCACCCGAAAUCGACAGUGUCUCAGGUGAAGAGGCUUAUUGGGAGGAGGUUCAGUGAGCCAGAUGUUCAGAAGGACCUGAGGAUGCUGCCGUUUCAGACUUCGGAAGGCACAGAUGGCGGCAUUUUGAUCCAUUUGAGUUACUUAGGGGGUACGCAUACGUUUACGCCGGUUCAGAUUGCGGCAAUGCUGUUUGCGCAUUUGAGGGAGAUCAUAGAGAAGAAUCUGGAAAUGCCGAUUUCGGACUGCGUGAUUAAUAUUCCUUCUUACUUUACGGACUUGCAGCGGCGCGCGUAUUUGGACGCCGCGACAGUGGCUGGAUUGAAGCCGUUGAGAUUGAUGCAUGACUGUACUGCGACUGCACUUAGUUAUGGGAUUUACAAGACUGAUUUUUCAAAUUCUGGUCCUACAUAUGUGGCGUUUGUUGACAUUGGCCAUUGUGAUACCCAGGUCUCUAUUGUGUCCUUUGAGUCUGGGCAUAUGACGAUGCGGUCUCAUACUUUUGAUAGGAGCUUGGGAGGGAGAGAUUUUGAUGAGGUCUUGUUUAGUCAUUUUGCCACACAGUUCAAAGAGCAGUAUAAAAUUGAUGUCUACUCUAAUGUCAAGGCAUGCGUGAGGCUCAUGGCAGCAUGUGAGAAGUUGAAAAAGGUUUUGAGUGCAAAUGCGGAGGCGCCUCUUAAUAUUGAGUGUUUAAUGGAUGAGAAAGAUGUUAAGGGUUUUAUGAAGAGGGAGGAAUUUGAAAUGCUGGCUUCAAGUUUGUUGGAGAGGAUUCGUGUUCCUUGUAGUAAAGCUUUAGCUGAUGCAGGUUUAACCGCAGACAUGAUUCACUCUGUAGAGCUUGUUGGGUCAGGGUCCAGGAUCCCAGCUAUUGCUAGAGCAUUAAUUUCUCUAUUCAGGCAAGAACCGCGUCGGACACUGAAUGCUAGUGAAUGUGUAGCACGUGGAUGUGCUCUUCAAUGUGCAAUGCUAAGCCCUGUUUUCCGAGUCAGAGAAUAUGAGGUUCAAGAUUCUAUUCCUUUUGCUAUAGGAUUCCUAUCAGAUGAAGGUCAAGUUGGCACUGGCUCAAAUGGCGUCAUGUUUCCGAAAGGCCAACCCAUUCCAAGUGCUAAAGUAUUAACACUCCAACGAAGCAGUUUAUUCCACUUGGAAGCAUCAUAUGCUGAUCCCAGUGACCUGCCAGCUGGCGCCUCUCUAAAAAUUUGUUGUUUUACGAUUGGUCCUUUCCAAGGCUACCAUAGUGAAAGGACAAGGGUUAAAGUUAAAAUUCAAUUAGACCUCCAUGGUAUUGUCUCUGUUGUAUCAGCUAAGGUGGUGGAAGAACAUGGAGAUGAUUCUAAAAUGGAUCCGAUGGACACUGAUUGUGUAACUGCUUCUGUUUCACCUGAGGCACGUGCAGACGGGUUUCAAGAGAAUAUGCAGUCUAAAUCACAUGCUACGGGCGGGGGGAGACAUGAUAAAGCCACCAGCAGGCUAGAGAUUCCCAUUAGUGAAAAUAUAUAUGGUGGAAUGACUAAGGCUCAACUUUCAGAAGCUGAAGGAAAGGAACUCAAGUUGGCUCAACAGGACAGAGCUAUGGAACAAACCAAAGAUAAAAAGAAUGCCUUGGAGUCUUAUGUCUAUGAGAUGCGGAAUAAGCUCUUCAACACAUAUCGAAGCUUUGCAAGUGACCAAGAGAGGGAGGGCAUAUCCAGGAGACUACAGAAAACAGAGGACUGGCUUUAUGAUGAUGGAGAUGAUGAAACUGAGAAUGCCUAUACUUCAAAGCUGGAAGAUCUUAAAAAGCUGGUAGAUCCAAUUGAAAGCCGCUACAAAGAUGAGGAAGCACGAGCACAAGCUACUCAAGAUCUAUUAAAGUGCAUUGGAGAUUAUUGCACGGCUGUGGAAUCACUUUCACCCAUGGAUAGAGAAUCAAUUCUGAACGAGUGCUUUAAGGUGGAGCAGUGGCUAAAAGAAAAAAACCAACAUCAAAAAUCCAUGCCAAAGAACAUAGACCCAAUAGUAUGGUCGAGUGAUAUUAAGAGCCGGACUGAGGAGUUGAACUUGAAAUUUAAACACAUAUUUAGAUCAAGAGCUUCUCAUCGAGAGGAAUACAAGGGUUCAAACCAGCAUGGUACUUCUAGACACAAAUGAGCGAAACCUAUGCCAGAUAAUGGCACACAGAUUUUUAGGCUUAGUUUCUUGUUUGUUCUGACAACUGUAUAUCUGUUGCAUUUGUGUUGCCUUUUGUCUAUAUAGAUGGGCAAUCAUAGUAAAGGCACAUUAAGAUGACUAAUAUUUGCCCCAGUUUUUUGCGUGUUCCUCAACCAAAGCCAUUAUAACAUACUGAGAAAACUGUCGAGAUCUAAAUUCAUAGAAUACUAGCGAAAGAGUUCUGAACAAUUUGUUUCCAACAGAAGCCAUAGUUUUGUUAGACCUUACUGCUGAACAAUUCUUGUCUAAAUAAACUGUUGUAUAAGAAACAGUUCUAAUUAUAUUGUUG